AUGCCUCUAUCGGACAUCAUCCGGCGCGCUUCCACCUACAUCACCGGCCACGAAGACGCCCUCACGGAGUCCUCAAAUUACGAAGACAACGAGGUGCUCUUCUGCAAAAACAACGUGUGCGUCCAUCCGCCGGCGAGCUGCCGUCACGACGGCGACGUCUUGCACAAUCCCGGCUACCUAACGGUCACCAGCAAAGUCUUCAUUGAUCAAUACAACGACGUGAGGAGGCCCACGCUGUUCCUCACUUGGAUCCCCAACGCCUCCAUCACCAAGAACACAAAUCUAAUCAAUACGCCGUUGAAGCAGCAAAGCAAGCGCUACAGCCUGGAGAGCCUCACCUCGAACGAUUCGGGGGAUUACGCGGUGGAGAGGCCGAUGGUGGAAUUCAAAAACACCAAUCCCUUUUUGAACUACGAGGAUAAAUCGGACGCGAGUUCCGAGGGUAGCGACAAGCCCACCAUCAGCAUAAACGUGGACAUUUCCAAUCCGGAGAUAGAGAUCAUCCAGACGCCGGACAGCGUGAAAGAUCCGGCGGAGUUUUUCGAAUUUUCCAGAUCGGAAUCGAUGACAUCUAGUGAAAGCACGUGCAACUGGAUUUCCACGCCGGAAAAUCUCAUGCAACAGUACAACCUGUUUUUCCCCGACAGCGCCUGCAACUCCCCCAUCCCCAAAUCCAAACAGAUGCACCAAUGCAGGCGAUUCAGCGUAGACUUGAGUCAAAUGAGGUCAUUGAGGUUGUUCUUCAACGACCAGAGCUGCACGUGCGGGCAACUGGUCGUUGCAUCGCGCGAAUCCCAAUACAAAAUCCUCCAUUUCCACCACGGCGGAUUGGAUCACCUCGCCCAAGUGUUGCACCAGUGGCACUCCUUACUUCACGCCAUCAAAUACUCCAAAGGAAUCGAAGAGAACCUUCCCUACCGGCACUUUAUGGUGUGCAGGCCGGAGAUAUCCCUGCUGGAGUUGCACCCGGAGGAAGGCCGCGUGCCCAAGUUGACCGAGCAGACGUUCAGGGGGCUGUUCAACGAAUCGGGCCAGCUGGAGGACGAUCUCACGCUGAGAAAGUACGUGUUCUUCUCGGGCAUGGAGCGGAGCGUGAGGCGCGAGGUGUGGCCCUUCCUGCUGCACGUCUAUCCCUACCUCAGCACGUUCGAGGAGCGCAUCCAAAUCGCCGAGAUCAGACGGCACGAGUACGAGGAGAUCAACAAGAGGCGAUUGGAGUUGAGCGAGAACAGGCUCCAUCAGUUUCGAAGGAAAAUCCAGAGCGUCGUCGAGAAGGACGUGGUGAGAACCGAUAGAGGGAAUCCGUUUUUCUCGGGCGACAACAACCCCAACGUGGAGAUUAUGAAGAAUAUUUUACUGAAUUACGCCAUUUACAAUUCCGGAUUGGGUUACACGCAGGGUAUGAGCGAUCUGUUGGCGCCGGUUUUGUGCGAGUUACAGGACGAAGUGGCCGCCUUUUGGUGCUUCGUAGGGCUGAUGCAGAGGGCGGUGUUCGUGGCGACGCCCACCGACAGGGACAUGGACAGGAAUUUGAGAUAUUUGAGGGAGUUGAUCAGGUUGAUGGUGCCGGCGUUCUAUAGACACCUCGAGAAGCACAAGGACGCUUUGGAGUUGCUCUUUUGCCACCGAUGGAUACUUUUGUGCUUCAAGAGGGAGUUCACCGAAGGUGUGGCGUUGAGGAUGUGGGAGGCGUGCUGGGCGAAUUACCUAACCGAUUAUUUCCAUUUGUUCCUAUGCUUGGCUAUUAUAUCGGUGUACGCUGAAGACGUCAUCGCUCAGGAUCUGAGAUCAGACGAAAUGUUGCUGCAUUUCAGCUCGUUAGCGAUGUAUAUGGACGGUGAAGUGAUAGCGAGGAAGGCGCGAGGGCUGCUGCACCAGUUUAGGCAAAUGCGGGAGAUUCCGUGCACGCUGGCGGGGCUCUGCACGCGAUGCGGCCCCGGCAUUUGGGACAGCUCGCACAGCCCGCGCAUCUUCUGCGUGGGCCACGAACAGGCGGGCACCUGCAUAAAUUAA